AUAGACAGUUCCGCUUGCCCAGUCCUCGCCUGCGACCGCCGUUUGACUCCAGAGCCCAGGCUCCCACCAAUCCGUGGCAAGGAUUGCGUGAAAUCGCCGGUCUCGCGCGCGCAUUGUAGACGGAUGCUGACCGAGACAACCCCGGCCAUCCCCACACCCGCAUCGCACACACAGACACAGGCACAUACACAGGCGGAGAGGCCACCAGCCCAGACCAGAGCAAAAACCCACCGUUCCCACACCCAGCGCUCAAUUUGAACCAACGCGAACGCGACGCUCUCAAGCCCCAACCUAAUCUACGAUCUCCCUCCGACCGAAACGAAAUCUCCGCCUCCCCUGCGCCCCUGCCCUGCGCCCCUGCAUAGGAGGAAAGAAACGCACGCACGCACGCCCCCCGCGGCAAAGGGAACCGUCGCCGCGUUGCGAGAGUCCGGGAAACUGAAGCGGAGCAGCGGAGGAGAGGCCGAGGCCAGGAGGAGAGGGUACCGGCGGCCAUGGAGCGGUACCAUCCCUCAGAGGUGUACGAGCUCUUCGUGCGCCACAUGAACACCCCGAGGGUGGUGGUGGACAACGGCGUGUGCGCGACGGCGACGCUGGUGCAGGUGCACAGCGCGAGGAAGCACGGCGUGCUGCUCGAGGCGGUGGCGGCCCUGUCCGACCACGGUGUCUGCGUCCGCAAGGGCUACAUCUCCUCCGACGACGGCCGCUGGUUCAUGGACGUGUUCCACGUGACCGACGCCGCGGGCCGCAAGGUGGCCGACGCCGACGCCGACGCCCUGCUGGCGCGGCUCGAGUCCUCGCUCUCGGCCGACGCAUUGCCGCCUCGCACGCCGCCCGCCGCUGCGGCUGGGACGCCCACCCUGCUCGAGCUCGUCGGCGCCGACCGCCCGGGCCUCCUCUCCGAGGUCUUCGCCGUGCUGCACGACCUCCGCUGCGACAUCGCCGACGCCAGGGCCUGGACGCACGGCGGCCGCGUCGCCGCGCUCGUGUUCGUGCGCGACGAGGACACGGGCGCGCCCAUCGACGACGCGGCGCGGGUCCGGCGCGUCGAGUCCAGGCUCAGGCACGUCCUCCGCGGCGGCGCGCUCGGCGCCAGGAUGGUCCGGGCGGACGCCGCGGCCGUCAACAUGGACCGGAGGCUCCACCAGCUCCUCAACGAGGACGGGGAGGCCGAGAGCCGCGCCGACCAGGCCACGGCGGUCGCCGUGCAGGAUUGGGGGGAGAGGGGGUACUCGGUGCUCACCGUGAGCUGCCGUGACCGCCCCAAGCUGCUGUUCGACGUCGUGUGCACCUUGACGGACUUGGAUUACGUGGUGUACCACGGCACGUUCGAUACGGACGGCGAUCACGCCCAGCAGGAGUUCUACAUCAGGCGGUUGGACGGGCGGCCAAUUAGCUCGGCGGCCGAGAGGCGGCGCGUGAUCCAAUGCUUGCAAGCGGCCAUCGAGAGGCGCGCAUCCGAGGGCGUGAGGCUGGAGCUGCGCAUCACCGACCGCCGCGGGCUGCUCGCCUACGUCACGCGCGUGUUCAGAGAGAACAGCCUCUCGGUGACGCACGCCGAGAUCACCACCAGGGGCGACAUGGCCAUGAACGUGUUCCACGUCACCGACGUGGCCGGCCGGCCCGCGGAUCCCAAGACCAUCGACGAGGUGAUCCAGAGGAUCGGCACGGAGAGCCUCCGGGUGGACGAGGAACGGUGGCCGCGCCUGUGCUUGACAGAGGGUGACGCGGGCCGCGGCGGUGCGGGGAUCUUCUCGCUCGGAAGCCUUGUCAAGAAGAACCUGGCCAGCCUUGGCCUCAUAAGAUCCUGCUCGUGAGGACGCACGCAACCAAGUGGGCACGUGCUCGAUGGGGUCCUUGUGUAAAUAUGGGAUGGUGCAUGGGUUAGUUUGUAAAUGGAGUAGGGAUUUAAUUUGACGUUUCUAGGUUUAGUUGCCACGUGUACAUAGUAGCAAGUGGAGAUGGAAGGUUUUAAGAGUUGCUGGUCGGCAACAGCCUGGAGCUUAAAGGGCCUCUUUGGUGGGUCAUGACAUACCAUGUAUCCAUAUCUAGCUUUUUAUUUUACAUAAAAAUAGAUGGAUGGAAGAAUUAAGUAUAAUACGAGUCCUAUAUGCCUAUACGGUUGUAACUGAAUAAUUUUGUUGACCUC